AUGGUUGGUGGUGGAAGCAGAAGGGACGAUGGUUCGUUGGUAAUUAACAACACCAAUGUUUUUGCGGCGCUUGAUACUUUGAAGAAGAAGAAGAAAUCGGAUAAGGAGAAAAAGAGUAAGGGUUCUAAAUCGGGGAAAUUGGAAGCUGAAUCUGAUUCAAAGCUCUUUUGGGCUCUGGCUCCACUGAAUGCAACUUCGUGGGGUGAUGUGGAUGAUGAUGAUGAUGAUGAUUAUUAUGCUACCACUGCACCGCCUCAAUCUGUUUGGUCUGUUUCUGAGCCUCAGCGAAGUGAGGAUAAACAAGAAAAUUUCGAGGAGACUGAGAGUGAGGAAGAUAUUUUAGACGAAGGGGAUGAGGAGGAGGAAGAGCAAGAUCAUGAACCAGAACCAGAGCAUGAUGUAAAACCUGAACCUGAGCUUAAGAAGCACGCUGAAGUUCCUGUGGUACCAAAGGAGGCAGAACGACAACUCUCCAAAAAGGAAAGAAAGAAAAAGGAACUUGAAGAGCUUGAGGCUCUUCUAGCUGAUUUUGGAGUUGCACCAAAGGAAAGCAAUAGUGGUCAAGGUCAAGACGAGUCACAAGGCGCAUCCCAUGAUAAGAAAGGGGUUGAUGGAGAUGUAGAUGGCGAAAAGAAAGAAAUUGUUGCAGAGUCCAAGAAUGCCAAAAAGAAGAAAAAGAAGGAUAAAGCUUCCAAGGAGGCAAAAGAAUCCAAUGGUCAGCCCAACAGCUCAGAAACAAACAACAGGCCUGAUACAGGCACUGAAAAUGCAGAGGAGGAUCCAUCUGUUGUCGAUGUGAAAGAGCGUAUUAAGAAAGUUGCUUCUAUGAAGAAGAAGAAAUCUAGUAAAGAAAUGGAUGGUGCUGCUAGAGCUGCUGCUCAAGAGGCUGCCGCAAGGAAUGCAAGGCUCGCUGCAGCAAAGAAAAAGGAGAAGAAUCAUUAUAACCAACAACCUGUGCGGUAA